AUCAAUUUUAAUUUUAAUAGAUAUUAAUGGUAUGACCUCAAAAAGUUUAACAAAUCAUAUGGAAUGAUGAAAGUUAAUUUCUAGAAGAAACGAAUUCAGCUGACGUAAUUUCUACACGCAGGAUUCCUACACGUAUAUCUGAUGAAACCGACGGCGACUCUGAUUAUGUUGAUCGGGUACUUUAUGACAGGUGUAAACUUUUACCCUUUUUGACAGAACUUCCGGUUUAAAAUAUUCUGAAAAUGCAGCGAAAGACGUCUUCAUCCGCAAUAGGUGGUCCUAAAAAGCAUAUACCUGGACCCACAAAUUUAAAUAGCUUUGUUAAGUUAAUGAUUUUACAUCUCUGUCGCAAAGUUUUGUUCAUAGAUACGUCGGUAAAGAUUGGAGUGUAUUUCGUCGGAAUAUUUCUGGGAUCAAUUAUCUGUGACUUAUUCCCGCUGCCAAGAUCUUAUUUCUCGAAUAGCAAGAACUUCAUAAACGUCUUCUUUGUGAAGCUAGGAUGGGGAUGGACACUACUGAUUCUGUCUAUACAUAUAAUCAUGACCACUUUUACCAUCACUUGUGGGGACUGGUCAAAAGUGAAACGACAUUUAGGACGACUCGUUGUUGGAACUUUCGUGUGGUAUUUCUGGACAACAUUAUUUGAAUAUAUUGAGCAUCAGACUGGUGUCUGUUCAGAUCGUGACUUUGACAACAAAAAGACAUGUUAUCGUUCAGGACAUAUCUGGCUUGGAUUCGACAUAUCUGGUCAUUGCUUCCUAUUGGUUCACAACCUGCUGCUAAUUUCUGAGGAAGUCAAAGUGCUUAAAAACUGGGAUAAAAUACCAGAGUUAAUUGAGCAGGAUGAACAUGACGGAAUACUUCACCUGACGGAAAAAGAACUAUCGCAACUCCAAAUAUCAUAUAGGAAUCUAACCCCUUUUAUCCGGGUAAUGAUGGUUGUUUUAACCAUAUUCACAUGGAUCUGGGAACUGAUGUUGGUGUCUACUACACUGUAUUUUCACAACAUGAUACAGAAAGUGACUGCUGUUCUCAUAGCUAUUGUGAACUGGUUUUUGGUAUACCAAGUAUUAUACCCAUCUAAAAACUCUUCAUGGAUACCACAAUCACCUGGUGUAGGUGGUAUACGAUAUCAAAAGACUUUCAUGAAAAGGCAAUAUACAAGAUAAUUUUUUUAAGAAUAUAAUAAUGCUAAGUUCAGUGGUCCUCAUAUUGUAUUACCUUCUACCUUUAUUGCCAUACGCUCACCAUUUGAUGUUUUAUCAUAACGCAAUUUGUAACAAAACUUAGAAUUACUGAGAUUUACUCUUUCAUGAAAUGUCAUAAUGAUAACAAAAAUGCUUAUUACCUUCCUAGUGCUCUCCCUAAGAAUUUUUGUGGAUGAUUUUGUUUUUUAGUACAACAUUUAAGAAUUAAAUUUUAACAUUUUAUGCAACAUUUUUCAAUUUUGUAAAUUUCUGCUCAACAUUUUAGUUUUUGGGGAUUUUGGGGAGGCAUAUUAAAUUGAGGUGCAUUUUUGUGUUUUGAAAAAUAUUGAGGUGCUGCGCCUCAAUAUUGAUCUCAAUGUGGGAAGAAUACCGCUACUUGUGAGCAGUAAUAGGCCUAUACAUGUUUUUAUCAAUAAAAAGACAAUGUUUUAACCUAUGUUGAUUUUUAAACUAAUAUGUAAUUGUACAAUGCCUACUUAUUUUUGUAGUUUGUACAGAAAAGCCUCUCUAUGCCCACCUCUUUAACAUGAAAAGUCUUUUCUUGAUUCACAUUUAUUUGUAUAUCUUGCAUUGUCUCUCAUGUUUUCACUUAAGGGAGUUUUAUACUGUAUUGAAGGUUUUUCACUGUAUUAUGUUAUGAAGAGUGGUAUAUAUUUAUGUUCUAUGAUCAUCUUCAUCCCAUGCAGGGAUUUCGUUUACUCCUGAUAACAUCUGUUGUUAUGAUAUUCAUACUUCCCUCAACCAUAUGUAUUAACAAUUGGAUUAUUGUUAUUGAACUGAAAAGCCAAGAUGACCAUGAAAAUCAAGUCAAUGAAAUGAGGACUCUUAAAAAAAUAGUCCGACAUGGAUUGAUUAAAGAAAGAAACAUUAAAUUAAAUGUUCUAAAUUCUUAAUAUAAAAUUGUGACAAUUUUUCGAGACUCACUCCCUAGUCAUUUUGUUCCCUUCUAGUCGUUACAGUGUAUAUGACAGUCAAUGCAGCAUUAGGUUCAGGAGUUUGGGUUUGUUCUCGUUGGGCCAUGCGGCCAUGCAGCUCAAUUAUGUUGUAUUUAUGAACCCAGUUAUUAUGUUAAAGUAACCCAGCCCCAGAAUAAAUUGUUAUUAAUCCAAAAUGAUGCAUACCAAGUUUUGUUUUGUUUAUGAGAUUUAAAAGACAAAGAAAUAUAUCAAUGUAAAGAUCUUUCCCCCUUAGACAAUUAAUAAAGAAUCGUAAACAUCACCUGAGCAUUUAAUAUGAAUAUUUUGAACCAUUUUACUUAAAUACAACGUGUAAAAAUAGAUAUCCGCUUCAAAACUGAAAAACUACUGAUUUCACUCAUUAUUGGUUAUUUUAAUGAUGAAUAUUAGUACUGUAGUGUAACUCUCAAAAAGUUGGACCUGUCUAAGCACUGCAGAUGGGUAAUUCCAUGCAAGAAAUAUCUUAUUCGUUUCGAAUUUGUGCACUUAAAUAUCUCGAUGUAGUUACUAUUCUAGUUAUAUUACAUAUAUCC